UUCAGUGCCCUUUUCUUUCUUUCAACAAGUACUGAUUAGUAUCGUAAUUAGAUCUUAUCUUUUAAAACCCUAGAUUACUAAUUAUACACAACAUUUGCACUGCUGAUUAAUAUAAGUACAGUUUAUCAAAUCAGUGUCUUAUUAUCAGUGCUCGAAGCAAGUUUCAGUGAUUAAAGCUCAACCAUGGUGCACUAUGACACAAUAGUAAUCGGGCUCGGAGCAGCUGGUGUGACUGCUGCCACGACUCUGAUCAGAGCGGGGAGACGGGUGCUGGCGUUAGAGGCGCAGUCUCGUAUCGGAGGCAGAGUCCAUACUGUGCCUUUUGGCAAUGGACUUAUAGAAUUGGGCGCUGAAUGGAUCCACGGCAACCAGAAAAGCCGCGUCUUCGACCUGACCACCCAACACAACAUCACCACGGUACCUCAGAGCCUGAUCAUGGCACCGUUCCGGUCAGACGGUUCAGAAGUUGAUGCGGAACUGGUGAACGAGCUGUUGGAUAUAGCUCUGCACAUAGUUGACCAUCCGCCGGAUCAGCCUGAACCACUGGGGACUUUUAUUACUUACAAACUAAGAGAAUACAUCGCCGAGCAUAAGCCGGACCUUCUAAAAGACCAGGACUUCAUAACGGAAUUCCUCGAGUUCGCAAACCUGCUGACUAAUAACUAUGAGGCGUCCGACGAUUGGACGGAUGUGACGACGAUCAGCCGGUAUGAGGAGUUGGAGGGGCCACAGUUGAACAGCUGGCAUAGAUAUGGAUAUAGGACGUUCUUUGAGAUUAUGCUGAACACAUACAAAGACGGCCCAGGGCUCCCCAACUUGGACAUAAAGCUGAACACGGAAGUCAAGGUCAUCAGAACGCCGCAGCACCCCACCGAGCGCGUCACUGUCGAGUGCAGCGACGGCAGCUCAUACGAGGCCGAUAACGUCAUAGUCACCGUAUCCCUCGGGGUUCUCAAGGACAAGCAUACAACGCUAUUCUCCCCACCGCUAUCCAAAGAAAAACAAACAGCCAUAGAGAAAAUUAGCAUAGGAGUCAUGGACAAAGUCAUUCUAUCCUUCGACGAAAUCUGGUGGCCCCACCACACUUCGUUCUUUGCCUUCAUAUGGAAGGGAGACGACAAGAGGAGAGUGGGAAAGGAUGAUUAUUGGACCACGAGGAUAUAUGGGGCCAGUCGGCCUAUGGGGUCGAGUAAUUCGUUGACGCUGUGGACUAGCGGAAAUGUUGCUAAACAGGUUGAGACACUGCCAGAGGAAAUAGUGAAGACGAAAUGUGUAGAGCUGCUGCAGAAAUUCAUCGGGGACACAUUAAAAAUUACCGUGCCAACACCCACUGGCAUUAUAAGAUCAACCUGGCACUCGAACCCAUACACCCGCGGCAGCUACUCCUACGACAACCUCCUCACCCCGCAAUACCCCGAAGCCCGGGCGUGGCUCGGUACCCCAAUCCCAGACUCUUCGGGCGCCCCUCGCGUACUGUUUGCAGGGGAAGCGACCAAUCUAAACCACUUCAGUACGGUGCAUGGUGCGAGCGAGACAGGCUAUAGGGAGGCUAUGCGACUGUUGCCUCACACUAGUAAAAUAUAACUUCAAUGUAACAAGUCAAAAUGACAGAAGAUUGACAACUGUGUGGUAAAACCGGUAAAUAUGACCAUUUUGAUACGUGUAUGUUACACACAUUUUUACGGUACCUAAAUUACCGGUAAUCAUUUUAAAACUACGAAUACCGGUACUCAUUUGAAUUACUGAAGUAAAUACCGAUAAUGUUUUAAAGGUAUUUAAAUUAAUCAAAUUACCGGUAUUGAUUAUAUUGCUAACCACAGGUGCCAGCAAAGAUUUUAUAAUAAAAUACUUAUAACCAUAACGAUAACAUUUUUCUAGUCUAUACAAUUUAUACAUCUGUAUACAAAAAUUACCGGAUAAAACCUAUUUAAAAUACUGCUAUUGAGUUACGGCAGCAAGUGUACCAAAUUAACGGUAUUGAUAGCGAUAUUAAAAUUGUCGGUACCUACCCAUAUUAAUACCGAUAUUUUUACCGAUACUGUUUUUAAUGAUACUUAUACAAUUGCACUACUAGGAAAAUAUAUUUUUAUUGUAAGGAUGCCAUUUAUCUGCAUUUUAUACUUUAUCGAAUUGUUGAUACCGUUGAUAUAUUUUUUGUUAUUUUAAUAUCAUAUUUCUAUUUAGAAUUAAGCCGAAAUGACCUUUAAAUUUUGAAUAAAUAAUAGAGAGAAUUGAUACAUAUACAGGGUGAAAUUUAAUUCACUGGCCAAAUUGAAACACCCGAAAGAACUCGAAAAAAUAUUAAACACGUGUUUUUUCUUUUAAUACCGCUCAGUACUUUUUUUUCGAAAUAACUCAUCAUCAAGUUGUCCUAAAAACCUCGUACGUUAUGGUGAACCGACAACUACCCACACCCGCUUCUCUCUUAUCAGUUAAGGUCAUUGACACCCCGCCCCUCCCGCUGUUUGCAAUCGCGUCACCCAUUAUGAACCCUAUUGCAGCGAGAUAAGAAGACGCUUACCUACAUAAGUUGCUAAUUUUUCCUUCUCCUUUUCGUCAAAAUGCAAAGGCAACCCAUCUUUAAUCUAAAAUGUUAUUUCUGACAUUCUGACUAAUGAUUAUUAACAAAACGUCCGUGGCUUAAAAACAAUGAGUAAAAACUAGGUCAGGAAUCUUUGCAUUCAGGCGUAUUUAAAAAAUUGAAUCAACUUACGCAACUAACGAAAGCCGCACGAGAUGGUACUCUUGGAUUCAAUCCUUGUCUGCGAAGGCGUGGAACUGAUUCCAUUUCGUAUAAUCUUUGUGUACCACGUAAACACUCACCACUUAAUAAAUAACACCGUACCACUUCGUAAUAUUCCCGGUUCGAAAUCAUUUUUUUUUAACCUUAGUACGCGCGCGAUUACUUAUUAUUUUAAGGUUGGCGAGUGACGAGUGACUAAUCAUUUAUGCUUACCGUUAUGUUUACCGCUAGCACGGAAUGGUUUAGUUUAGACUACCCUCGAAAUUGAUAAACCUGCUUACCAUCGCCAACACUAACUAGGUGGACCCUAUUGCAACGAUUAUAAGGUUUAUUGAAGGUCAGAUAAGUGUUUUGCUGAUGUUGUUGUUAAAACCUACUAUUAGGUUUGUUUACAUUUGUGGUAAUAGGGUGACCACGACUCGUGGAAAAUAUUUAAAAAUUGAAAAAUGAAAAUUAAAAAAAAAUGUACUCUUUUUUUUCGCUAAAUAGAUUCCUUAAGUGUAACCUAGUGCCGGGAAUGAAUAUGGCCAGUGAUUUAAAUUUCACCCUGUAUAUUGUAUGUUCUGGCAAACGCACUGUCAGUAGAAAAAUGCGAAUAAUCAAAAUUUUUCUAUGGGAGCACCACCCUUCUACUGACGGAAAUGGCUUGCUAAACUAUAGUCAAAACUUGCCAAUAAUAAUCCAAUUUUAUAGUUUGUUUUUAUUAAAGGCUCAAAUAUAAUCCUCUCUGUUAUAUUGUCAAGUCGACUAACGUAUUUAAAAAUUUAUUAAUAGUAUAAUGAUUAAAUUAAUCGAAUUAAUUUUUAAUGUGGUUUUGUCAUUAAUUUAUUUAACUAUUGAUUUAUAUUUAGUAAUUAUUCGUAUUAUCUGUUGUAAAUUUAGUACCAAAAAUAGCUACCUAUACAGAAAGAAAUGUCAAAUAGAGUUUGACCAAAAAGUCUCCAGCGUUUUUGAUAGCCCACGCAGUGCAAGUGUUAUUUACACGUCAUAUUUUCAUAGAAGUUUGACGUUUAAAAUAACACUUGCACUGCGUGAGCUAUCAAAUCCACUGCAUACUUUUCUUGGUUUUACCAAUAGAGUUGUGUCGUGUAUGUAAUUUUUUAGCAUUAAUCCCACGUACAGUCAAAUCAUUUUAUUUCUGCACCAUUUUUUACCAUGUCACAGUGAAAAUCAAUAUGAAAGUCGCUAUCCGACCUCAUAUUACUAUUACUGUGACACACAGACAAAACAUCCUCCAGACUGAGCAUAGUCGCGCUACCCCCUCUGCCACGCAUACGGUAAUUUUACUCCACGUUCGAGUCGAAAGUGUCUUUGUGUCCGUGUCUUUGAACGGACCAAUCACGGCACGGGACUUCGCUCACCUUGUCCCGCGCACCCCCGCAUUUUUGGCAUCAUCGGUUGCAUGAAAUGAUUGCUCUAAACUCGGUAUAGAGGAUUCCUAGCCUAGAGGAUUCCUUCUAGAGGAUUGCUGUGUCAAGGUACUAAACGGUACUGAAAGUUAAUUUCUUGACCGUACCUACUUUUGGUGCUGGAUACUAUUUAAUCAGCCAACUUGCCAUUUUUCAGUCUAGAAUAAAAUUGAUUUCCAAAUGAAAUGUUUAAGGCCCCAGCACACAUUUGUUGAACUUGAGGCGUAUUCGGAUCUUAAUAACAGGUUACGAAUUUGAUCUAUCGUGACGUUUCUGGUUAAAGAAAUUCUUUAAAUAAGUGUACGCGUGAGUAAAGUGUGUUACUUGUAUUUGACCUAUAAAUGGAUUAUUUUAAAUCUAAACUUUUUAUUGCUUAUUUUAUGAAUGUUUAUGUAAGCCAAAUCUAUAAAACAUAUUUUCUCAGUGAUGCAAUAAAACGUUA